AUGAGUUCAGCCAUCUCACCAGGCCAAACACUGGCCCCCAGCCUGGCGACAUUACCAGACGGUCGGACUCUCUCCUUUACUUUGGCGGGGCCUAGUCGUCACGAUAGAGAUCCGAUCACGAUUAUAUUGCCAGGAGUGGGAUGCAGCAUUACAGAAUGGGUUGGUGUUCAAAAGCUCUUAGGGCAAAGCUCGCCAAUUCUUCUCUACGAACGUUCCGGCUUUGGUCAGUCGGAUGAAUCCACAGAUCCACCAACAGCAUCACAUAUAGCAUUUGAGCUUCAUAUGCUUCUACGAACCCUGGCAAUAGACCCACCAUAUGUUUUGGUCUUUCAUUCCUACGGAGGAAUAAUCGGACGGGAGUUUGUGGAGCUACGGCAGCGUGCUGGAGGGAAAGAUGAUGUGACCGGAAUCGUGUGUGUCGAUGCGAACCAAGAAGACAGUCUAAGACUGUGGCCGGAUCCGGAUAUCGAACCGCUUGCAAAAGGCUUGGACUGGUACACUGCGAUUGGACUAGCCGAUGAAAAGGCCAUGUCGGACGAUGAGUGGAAAGCUGUCACUGAAGGACAAAAAACUGCGAAGCAUCAGCGGGCAACACAGAAGGAGAUGGAACAAUAUGUCCCAAGCUUGAAAACCUUGGCAGAAAAAAGGCAGCUGGAACGAGAUCCACCGCUUCUCCGAGAUUAUCCCGUCAGCGUUAUGAGAGGUCACCCCGAUAGAGACUUGAGAAGAGUGCUCCGGAUUGCGACCGAGAUUGGCAAUGGAUCUGAAGAGCAGAGACGGCAGUUUGCAAAAAAGCUGGAAUCUUACCCGGCCCUUCAAGAGAGUAUUCAAAAAGAAAACCUUAAGUUGUCAUGGCGACAUAGAUUUGUGGAUCAACCAGAAUGUGGGCACUUUAUCCAUGUGGUAAAGCCAGAGGCUGUUGUUGAGGAGAUAAAUUGGGUGCUACAGAAUCAGUGA